CACUUUUUACAGAGAGAAUGGCUGAAGCACGUUUUCAGAAUGAAAGAGUAUUGACGGAAUCUUCUGAAAAAGAUAGCAAGAAUAGAGAUGUUCUGAAUGAUAUCUCGGAAGAAAUGGAUCAAACAGAACAUUAUAACCAACCAGAUUUGGCCUUAGAUUCCGGCAUUCCUGAUAAAAGCUCACAGCAAACUGACAUUGCAAAUCAACCUUCCAGUUCAAUCAACAUGCCAGAUUUAUCUUACGUGAGAACUAAGAUGUUAGCUCGAGUGGCACUUUCUGAUGCUCACUUUAAACAUCAGCAACGCGGAGAACCUGAUUUAAAUCUUGAAGAAAAAAUUGAAAUUGCACAAAAUAUUCUUGAUUCUAACAAAGUGACAUUUCUUUCAAAGUUUUGGAAUCAUUUAGAACUUGAAGAUUUGGAAUAUUUUAUGGAUUCAAAAGAUGUUUAUGAAAUAGAUUUCUAUAUGAAACAAGUUAUGAAAAAUAAAAACAAAAGUUUUCAAAAGAAUAUAGUGAAAAACCGAAGGUAUGAAGCAAUGAAGGAGUUGAUAUCAAAAGGAGAGUACUUCAGUGAUGAAGAAAUGAAAUUUAGAGAACCAUAUUUAUAUGAGCAAAUGGUUGGACAAUACCUCACACAAAAAGAAAUUCAAGGGCAAGUUGAUAAAACAGACCUGACAUUUUCAUCUAUUUUACUGAAGCACAUAGAUCAGUUAGAUGAAAAUGUACGAUUUGGUCAGUCUAAAGAUAAAGAGGAAGGUCAAGAGGAAGAGGAAGAAGAGGAUAGCGAUGAAGAACAGGAAAUGGAGCUUGAAACCAAUACAAUUUCUAAAAAUGAAACUGGGGAUUUUAAUGAUGAUGAUGACGAUGAUGAUGAAGAAAAACCUAAAAUUCCUGAACAACAGAAGAGAGAGUUAAAAGCAGAAUUCCUUACCAUUAUGCAGGAAAAAUUCUUACAAGGUGAAGAUAAAACCUUUGAUUACAGUAAAGUGGACACUAAUGAUACAUAUGAUGAUCUGAAAGUUUUAAAUGCUGAUGCUGAAGAAAAAUAUUUUGAUGAUGAAGAUCCAGAGAGUAUAAAUUCUGACAGUAACUCGUGAAAAUAAAUAUAGGUGUAUUUUCAUCGCAACAUUAUAUAUUAUGAUCAUCAGCAACUUUCAUGAUGCCUGCAAGUUUUGAUAAUUGAUUUAUUCUUAAAACGACAUAUUACAUGUAGUUCAUUAUCAGCAGCAACAGAAUAGUUUUAUGAUUAGUCUGUUGGUAAUUUUUGAUGAUGACAGCAAUUUGUGGUAAUAGAUUUAUUCCUAUAACAACAAGAGUUCAUGAUCAGCCUGACUGCAACUUUUAAUGAUAGCUGUAAGUUUUGAUGAUGGGUUUAUUCUUAUAAAUAUUAUCAGCCUGACAGCAACAUAUUAUCUUGUGAUAAGUCUGACAGCAACAUAUUAUUUCAUGAUAAGACUGACAGCAACAUAUUAGUUCAUGAUAAGACUGACAGCAACAUAUUAGUUCAUUAUAAGUCUGACAGCAACAUAUUAUUUCAUGAUAAGACUGACAGCAACAUAUUAGUUCAUGAUAAGACUGACAGCAACAUAUUAGUUCAUGAUAAGUCUGACAGCAACAUAUUAGUUCGUGAUAAGUCUGACAGCAACAUAUUAGUUCAUGAUGAGUAUGACAGCAACAUGUUAGUUCAUGAUAAAACUGAUAGAAACAUAUUAGUUCACAAUGAGUCUGACAGCAACAUAUUAGUUCAUGAUGAGUCUGACAGCAACAUUUUAGUUCAUGAUGAGUCUGACAGCAACAUGUUAGUUCAUGAUAAAACUGAUAGAAACAAAUUUGUUCACAACGAGUCUGACUGUGACAGCAACAUAUUAUUUCAUGAUAAAUCUGACAGCAACACAUAAGUUCAUGAUGAGUCUGACAGCAACAUAUAAGUUCAUGAUUUGUUUGACAUUAACAUAUUAGUUUAUGAUUAGUCUGACAGCAAUUCCUGAUUAUAGGUUUAUUAUGACAGCAUUUUGCUAACAACAGCAUUUCUUAAUGUAAUUUGAACACUGUUUGUACAAAUGAAUGCCAAGAAUUGUAAGUUGUGACAGCAUUCCAAAAGCAACAUUUAUUACAAAGCAAAUUAUAAAAUGGUGUCAGUUAACUAGCAAUUAAAGUGUUUUUAUGCUGAUAUCAAUUAAUUUCAUCAAAUUAUUUAUUAUCAAUUAAUUAAUUAAUGAAAAAUCACUUGUUUAACAAAUGAAGAGAUCUCAUUAAUCGUUUUUCAGUUAUGCAGUUAAGCUGUGUAAACAAGUAUUGACAAAUGAAUAUCACAGACCUAUAUCUGCCUAUUUAAAGUUAGCUCACCUACGAUUUUGUUAUUUAGUGUAGUUUGUGACCAUCUGAUAUUGAUGGUAUCAAUGUAUCAAUACCUGUGCCUUGUUAUCAAUGCUAUUUUGGAAAGUGAAGCAAACUUGCAACAAAAAAAACACAAAAAAACAAACUUUGAUCAUUAAAAGAUGUUAGACUUUUCUGUGAAGUGACUUGAUCCCAUUUUGCAUUAUGCGAUCAAACAAAAAUUGCUUUUUUUUGCUUGACUUUUCAAUAAAUGAUACGACUAUCAUACUUACCUAUGCAUUGGUGUUUGUCUUGAUGUCAGUGUAACACUUUGGUUGAAGUUUUGAUUGCAGUGGCAUAUAGCCAUUCACCUAUGUGUGUGUAUGUGAAAUUACAUGUAUAUAGAUUAUAAAGUGAAAUUAAAAAAUCUUCUCCUAAAUACUAGUUAGUCUUAUUACAACCAAACUUAGCAGGAUUGUUUCUUGGAUGAAGGGCUUCCAAAGUUGUUCAAAGAAAAAAAAUUGAUUCUAUGCAGAAAGCUGGUUGCAAUCGCAACCAAGAGGAAUUAAAAGAAAACAAUUAAAAAAUCUUCUUGUAAAGACCCACAAGGCCUAUAGCUUAGAUAUUUUGCACAAGGCAUUGUCUUGUGAACCUCUACCAAGAUUGUUCAUAUUAUAGCCCAAGGGUCAAAAUUAGCCCGACCUGGUCAUUAUAUGUAUAAGGUAAAAUUCUUAAAAAUCUAUUUCUUCAAAACUACAAGGGCUAGAGCUUAGAUAUUAGGCAUGAAACAUUGUCUAGUGAACCUCUAUUAAAAUUAUUCAAAUUAUAGCUUUAGGGUCAAAAUUAGCCCUGCCCCAGGCCUUUGAUUUUCUUGAAAUAAUAGUUAAAUAGUGAAAAGGAAAUAACUCAUGAUGGAAUGUCUUUCAGAAAUGUGUGCAAUCAUGUGAUGCAAUUUUUCUAAAAAAAGAUUCAAUAGCUGGGAGUUUGUCUAAAGUUGUUGUCCUCUAGCAAGAGAUUUUUGCUUUUCAAAGGUUUGAGGUCAUGACCUCUAGCAAGCUUUGCAGGGAUAUUGAUGAAAUGAUUUUAGCACAUUGUAAGGACAUUAUGAUUCACACCAUGUAUAUAAUGAUGAUUUUAAAGCAUAAUUGUUUUUUAUGUUUUCAGAAAUAAUGCUUAUUUGAAAAGAUAGUAUGUAAGACAAUUAACUUAUAUAUAUAUCUGUAUUCCAAAGUUUAAACUUAUGUAAUACAGUAAAUACCUAAAUUUUUAUCUAGUAAGAAUAAUUUUGUUUUGAGUCAAUUAUACUAUAUGGCCUUUGUAUGUGAACGUUAAAAGCAUCUGCACAUUGUCUGUUAUUUGACAUAGUGAAAUAUUACCCUGACCCCUAAAUUCACUAGACACUACUGUAUAAUGGCGAAGUUCAAUUGUGUAGAAACAAAAACAAUCUACUUCUGCUUCUAUUUAGUGUUGUAUUAAUGCGAUGGCAUAGCAUUUUCCCACAAAUGAAAUCUUGUUUUUGUGCAACACCAAUCUUUAAAACUCCAUGUACUGAAAGUAUUCUCUUGAAAGUAAAUGCAUGUCUGUGGGAUCAUAAUUGUAGGUUUAUUUCAAGACACUUAGCUCUAACAUGGAUUUUUGUAGCCCUUUUUAUUAAGAAAUUCUUGGUUAAAGUUUUCUAUGCAACAUCAGUCUUCAUAUCUAUUGAAGGUAUUCACUUGAAACUUCAUUUACAGGUCUUUGGGUUCAUAAUUGACAGUGUCCAAGCCCAUAACUCUGACAUGGAUUUUGACUGGUUUAUUGUUUUGUGAAUUUAGAUAAAUUCUUGGUUAAUGUUUUGCUUGCAACAUUUUAUCUGUCAUAAAGCUUGUGAUUGUAUUCACUUGAAACUUGAUUCAUGCUUUUUGAAUUACAAUUCAAGGUCAUUUUCUAAGACUCAUAUCUCUGGUAAGGAUUUUGAAUAAAAUAAGGCCCUUUGUGAACUUAACAAAAGUCUAUGGUCAAAAUCCAAGACUCAUAACUAAGUCAUGUACAUUUUUUGUAUUUCUGGAAUGAAUGUCAUGUACAUUGUUUGUAUUUUUGUAAAUGAAAUCUUCCUCUUGUUGAUUCUAAUUCUUACAUUAUCCAGGCACUUAUUUUACUACCAAGCACAGAGAAUAGCUGAGCAUGCUGUCCUAUCCACAGGUCUUGUUUGAAUUGUAAUAGUUUUAUAUUUAAUCAUAAGUCAACUAAAUAUAAAUAAACGAAACACUGACACCUUUCUUUGACUGGCAGUUCCAGUCAUGGUAUACAGUGUUAAAGCCUUUUAUUGGGCCAAUAUAGCCAUACUUUAUCAGUUUUACAUACUCCCUGUUUGGGAAACAAGGGGAGUCUGCGAUCAAGGAGUAAUCAUCAAAAUCCUUCCUGUGUAGCCAGUUUGUCUUGUCUAUUUGACACACAUGUGCUAAGGAUUUAAAUAAAAAAAAGUAGAAAAGCACCAUUUAUUGCAGAAAAGAUACCAAUAUAACUGAAGCUUGUUCAUGUCAGGAAAGGAAUUUAUUUGAAUGCCUUUAAUGCUCACUUGAUUUUUGAAAGAAAGAUAUUUUAUAUAUGUAUAUAUUUUGAUACAAAUGCAAUUAAAAUAUCCAAGAUUU